UGAAAAAAAAAUUGAACGAUUUUUGGGUCCGAUCGUGGGAAACGCACUAUGUUCGACAAAUUUGAGGCUGCACCAUUCCAUGGCAGAGGCCAUCGAGCCUCUAAAACGGUGGGGAAGAGUUACUUCGUCGUUGCCGAAGCGGCAUGCCUUGGUAGUUCUCGUCCUCGCUUGGGUAUUUUUCCUCCAGCUCUCUGGCCUUUCUCUCUUCACGAGAGGGUUCCUCUUAACUCGGUUAGCCCUUGAAACGAAAUCCUCCUGUGAACCGACAAAGGAGUGUUCCCUGGGGGCUACUCACAAAAGGGCCCUUUUUCUCAUCAUCGACGCUUUGCGAUUCGACUUCAUCUCCCCGAACCCACCUUUGCCGACAUCGCGAUAUUCCCACAAUGUCCUUACUUUACCACGGGAGCUGACUGAAGCUUAUCCAACACACUCGUUCAUAUUCAAUGCAUUUGCGGAUCCACCAACGGCGACGCCUCAGAGGAUCAAAGCUCUCAUGACUGGAUCAUUACCAACUUUUGUAGAUAUUGGGUCAAGUUUUUCGGCUUCAGCCAUUGAAGAAGACAAUCUCAUUUUCCAGAUGCGUGCUGCCAACAGGAACGUGGCGUUCGCUGGCGAUGACACUUGGAUGCAUACUUUCGCGAAUUCCUUCGCCCAAAACAUGACUUUCCCUUAUGAUUCUUUCAAUGUGGAGGACUUGCAUUCUGUUGACGAAGGAGUGAUUCGCCACCUAUUUCCGCUGCUUGCCGCUGGAGAAAACUGGGGUCUCAUGAUUGGCCACUUCUUGGGAGUUGACCAUGUUGGGCACAGGUUAGGACCAGAUCAUCCGGCUAUGAGGUCAAAACUUGAACAAAUGGAUGACGUAUUGCGACGGGUUGUCAAUGAAAUGGAUGACGACACGCUCCUGGUUGUCCUUGGUGACCAUGGUAUGGACGCAAAAGGCGACCACGGCGGCGAUGGAGAUUUGGAAACCUCCGCGGCGAUGUGGGUAUACAGCAAAAGCGUUCCUCUUUCCGAUGGAUCAGCAAACGUACCAUCUCUAAUGCGCAGCACCCGCACCUUCCCGAGGUCUUCAGCUCCUCAUCGGUCCAUUCAGCAGAUUGACAUUCUUCCGUCCAUUGCAUUCUUGUUGGGUUUACCAAUCCCGUUCAACAAUCUUGGUUCGAUCAUCCCCGAGUUCUUCAUGCGAUCUACCACCUCUUCCUACUUCUCAACUCCUACGUACAUCCUCGACGAUGUCAUGCGACUCAACGCCAAGCAAGUGCUUUCGUACUUGCGCGCUUACGCGACGAGUCCUUCAGGUGGAGAACUUCAGGAUACGAUUGCUGCGUUGGAAACCGCUUAUUCUGAGGCGGAAUCGUUGAGCGGUAGAGAUGCUACCCUAGCAUUCUUUUCUUUCACCCGUCAGGCUCUGACCCACUGCCGUUCGUUGUGGGCUCAGUUCAACAGUGUAUUGAUGAUGACUGGGCUCGUUAUCUUGGUUGGCUGUCUACCUGUCUUGGCAGUUUUAUAUUAUUCGCUUGCGAAUUGUAGGGAUUCGUGGGAAGAGGUGGGUCAGGGGGUCAUUAUAUUGGGAUGGGGAAGUGCUGUCAUCGGAGCACUGGUUGGAGUGUUAGCAACGAGCCUUCGCGCACGAUAUGCGUUAUCAUGGUAUAAGCUUUCGGCAAUGGACAUCAUUCUUGCUUCCUCUACCGUCACUUCCCAAUUCGCAAUGCUCGUUGUCAACCUGCCAUCAAUCCUCCCGAACGCUCGAAGACACCUGUGGACAGCUUCCAAGUCAAAAACCAUCUUUCCAGUUAUUGUGACCUUACUUCAUUCUAUCUCAUUCACAUCUAAUUCUUUUAUUUUAUGGGAAGAUAAAAUGACGCUCUUCCUACUGGCAUCAUUAGUCCUCCCUUCAGUCGUCGCUGCGUUCUCAGUACCGUUAAUUACCCUUCGUCGGCGCAUCCUCUUCUUGUCAGCAGUAUUGACUGCUCUCUUUCGCUUGUCAUCCUUCAGUACUGUCUGUCGCGAGGAGCAACAUCCGUAUUGCCAUGUCACCUUUUAUUCGUCGUCGACACGCCCUUUGUCUCCAACUCUUGUGGUGCUCCUCUCACUUCCAAUUGCGUAUUACCUCCCUUAUUUAAUCCUUCAAAGAUUCCUAGCGCCAUCUAAAUCCGAUAAAGGCGCGGCACCCUUCAUUGUUGGGACUUUAUGGAAGUAUUGUCUUCUUGGUGCGACCAUUUAUUGGCUUAUGGAGUGGUCCGAAAGUUUCUUUGCGGAUGCAUUAUCCUUCGGGUGGUUACAGUUGAGCCUUUCUGUUCGCACCGUCAUCGCUAGAACUGUGCUUGGUGGGACAUUGUUUGGGGGAUAUGCCUAUUGGUGGUCCGCCCCGCUCAACGUCGAGUUGCGCGAAGAAGAUGCGAACGGGACAGACGCUAUGUCUAGCGGGAGGGAGGGAAAGCAAAUCGUUAUAUUGGGAUGGGCGAACAUGUAUGGGUCAAUGUACUUGAUGUUCAUUUUGCCCCUUUUCGGUUUGUUGUGGCUUGUGACGCAAUUAACUGGCCAAGUGGUCCUUUCCUUGGGUCUAGCGAGUAUCAUGUGUUUUGUGGAAUUGGUUGAUGCCGAGCGGGAUGCGCGGACAUUACGUACCUCCGUGGAAAGAGUCAGUGGAGACGGAAACUCAUCCUUUGCAUCAGAUGCUACCAAUGGUGGCUCUUCGCCUGUUAUGUCCUCCUCGGAUCCUGCGAGAAGCCCAACCCUGGCGGAACCAGUAAUCCUUUCCCUCCUCGCUCAUCUUAUCUUCUUCGGUACAGGCCAUCAGGCUACUUUCUCGUCAAUACAAUGGAAAACGGCUUUCGUUGGUUUCCCUACUCUUACAUAUCCUUUCUCUCCAGCCCUCGUCUCGCUUAACACAUUUGGACCCUUUUUGUUAGCUCCUUUGGCCGCUCCGCUCCUUGCUACAUGGGCGAUAUCACCGCCCCAAAAAGGCCGCGUGCUCGUCUUGUCCGACUCGCUCCGUAUUUCCGUCGGUGUCAUCAUAUAUUUCACUUCAGUCCUCAUUGGCACUGCUACUAGCGCUGCGAUUCUAAGGCGGCAUUUGAUGGUAUGGAAGGUAUUUGCCCCGCGCUUUAUGUUGGCUGGCGUAGUGACUGUCGUGGUUGAUAUUGGUGUUGCACUGGCUUUGCUCGUUGGCGGAAAGAGAGGCGUCGAUAAAGUGCGAGAAAUAUUUACAACAGAUGCAUAAAGGGUGUACGCUACCGUUUGUUCAAUUCCUCGGUCGCCAGAGCUCCAUGGAACGGGGGACAGCUAGUGAUCAUUGCACUGAUUGGGCAUAUAUCAGGAGCUAGGCGGUCGCCCGGGGGACUUGAGCAUAUUCUUAAUGAAGGACAAUAGAACCAG